GAAGGAAUGAAAGGCUGGGCUCUCUCUGUGCCUGGGCAGAGUCAAGGAGGGAGUGACUUCACCAGGCUGAGGGAAUAAGGUGCGAGAGUGGUGACAGAGUGACAUUACUGUGCCAAGAAGCCUGCAGCUGGCAGCACUGUGUCACCAUGCAGAGAUCCCCUCUGGAGAAAGCCAGCAUCUUUUCACAGAUUUUCUUUAGCUGGACCAAGCCAAUUUUGUGGAAAGGCUAUAGGCAACGGCUGGAACUGUCAGACAUUUACCAGAUUCACCCAGGGGACUCUGCAGAUAACCUUUCAGAAAGGCUAGAAAGAGAAUGGGACAGGGAGGUGGCAACAUCAAAGAAAAACCCCAAAUUAAUUAAUGCACUGAAACGAUGUUUUUUCUGGAAAUUUCUGUUCUAUGGUAUCUUAUUAUACCUUGGGGAAGUAACUAAAGCUGUUCAACCUCUUCUUCUUGGAAGAAUCAUUGCUUCUUAUGACCGCGACAAUGAGCAUGAACGAUCGAUUGCUUAUUACCUGGCAAUUGGCCUAUGUCUACUUUUUGUAGUGAGAAUGCUUCUUUUACACCCUGCCAUUUUUGGUCUACACCAUAUUGGAAUGCAAAUGAGAAUAGCAAUGUUUAGUUUAAUUUACAAAAAGACUUUAAAACUUUCAAGCAGAGUUCUCGAUAAAAUAAGCACUGGACAGCUUGUAAGUCUUUUAUCAAACAACCUCAAUAAAUUUGAUGAGGGACUUGCUCUGGCUCAUUUUGUUUGGAUUGCACCUUUGCAAGUGCUGCUGUUGAUGGGACUGCUGUGGGACUUACUUCAGGCCUCAGCAUUUUGUGGGCUUGGCUUUCUUAUCAUCCUUGCAUUGUUCCAAGCAUGGCUUGGCCGUAUGAUGAUGAAAUAUAGGGAUAAGAGGGCAGGAAAGAUCAAUGAACGACUUGUGAUAACAUCUGAAAUCAUAGAGAACAUCCAGUCAGUAAAGGCCUACUGUUGGGAGAGUGCAAUGGAAAAAAUAAUUGAAACCAUAAGAGAGACUGAACUGAAGCUUACUCGAAAAGCAGCAUAUGUGCGUUACUUCAACAGCUCAGCAUUCUUUUUCUCUGGAUUUUUUGUGGUGUUUCUUUGUAUUGUGCCUCAUCUACUACUUGAUGGCAUUUCACUCCGAAAAAUAUUUACUACCAUUUCAUUUAGCAUAGUCCUGCGAAUGGCAGUCACAAGGCAGUUCCCCUGGGCUGUACAGACAUGGUAUGAUUCCCUUGGAGUGAUAAAUAAAAUACAGGAAUUCCUGCAAAAGGAAGAAUAUAAAUCACUGGAAUAUAAUUUAACAACCACAGAAGUUGCAAUGGAAAAUGUUUCAGCAUCUUGGGAUGAGGGCAUUGGAGAAUUCUUUGAAAAAGCAAAGCAAGAAGUAAAUGGAGGGAAUAUUUCUAAUGAGGAUCCAAGUCCGUUCUUUAGUAACUUUUCCCUGCAUGUUGCUCCAGUCCUCAGAAACAUCAAUUUUAAGAUUGAAAAAGGGCAGCUUUUGGCAAUUGCUGGAUCUACAGGGGCUGGAAAGACUUCUCUAUUGAUGAUGAUCAUGGGAGAACUGGAGCCGUCAGCUGGUAAAAUAAAGCAUAGCGGAAGGAUAUCUUUUUCUCCUCAAGUAUCUUGGAUCAUGCCGGGGACCAUCAAAGAGAAUAUAAUAUUUGGCGUUUCCUAUGACCAGUACAGAUACCUGAGUGUUAUAAAAGCUUGUCAGCUGGAAGAGGACAUUUCAAAAUUUCCAGAAAAAGAUAAUACUGUGUUAGGAGAAGGGGGAAUAACACUAAGUGGAGGCCAGCGUGCAAGGAUUUCACUUGCAAGAGCCGUAUACAAAGAUGCUGACCUCUACUUGAUGGAUUCUCCAUUCAGUUAUUUAGACUUGUUUACAGAAAAAGAAAUAUUUGAAAGUUGUGUUUGCAAGCUAAUGGCUAAUAAAACAAGGAUUUUAGUUACAUCUAAAGUUGAACAGCUUAAAAAAGCUGACAAAGUGCUGAUUUUGCAUGAAGGAAGCUGUUAUUUCUAUGGAACAUUUUCUGAACUUCAAGAUCAACGUCCUGAGUUCAGCUCUCAUCUGACCGGAUUUGAUCACUUUAAUGCAGAAAGAAGAAACUCUAUAAUAACUGAAACCCUGAGAAGAUGCUCCAUUGAUAGCGAUCCAACAGCUGUUAGGAAUGAAGUCAAGAAUAAGUCAUUUAAGCAGGUUGCAGAUUUCAGUGAAAAAAGAAAGAACUCUGUUAUUAAUCCUCGGAAAUCCAGCAGAAAAUUUUCUAUCAUGCAAAAAAGUCAGCCACAGAUGAGUGGAAUAGAAGAGGAAGAUAUUCCCCCUAAUCAAGGAGAACGAAAGCUUUCAUUAGUUCCUGAAUCAGAACAGGGAGAAGCCAGCCUGCCUAGAAGCAAUGUUCUUAAUACAGGUCCUACAUUUCAAGGCCGCAGGAGACAGUCUGUACUAAAUCUAAUGACUCGCACCUCUGUUUCUCAAGGUUCCAAUGCCUUUGCAACAAGAAAUACAUCUGUUCGUAAAAUGUCUGUAGGUUCUUUCUCCAACUCAUCUUUUGAAGUGGAUAUAUAUAACAGACGACUUUCACAAGACAGUAUUUUGGAAGUUAGUGAAGAAAUCAAUGAAGAAGAUUUGAAGGAAUGUUUCCUGGAUGAUACAGACAGCCCAUCACCAACUACCACAUGGAACACAUAUAUAAGAUUCCUUACAGCUCACAAGAAUUUCAUUUUUAUUCUUGUAUUUUGUAUAGUGAUAUUUUUAGCUGAGGUCAUUGCAUCGUCAGCUGGGCUCUGGAUUAUUAAACGAAAUGCUCCUGUUAGCAACAUGACAAGUAAUGAGAAUAUAUCUGAAGCAUCAGACAUCCUUUCUGUCAUUGUGACACACACUAGCUUUUACUAUGUGUUUUACAUUUACGUUGGUGUGGCUGACUCCUUACUGGCUCUGGGAAUAUUCAGAGGUUUGCCUCUCGUACACAGUCUUAUAUCAGUCUCGAGGGUAUUACACAAAAAAAUGCUGCAUUCUAUUCUACAUGCCCCAAUGUCAACCUUCAAUACAAUGAGAGCUGGUCGGAUACUUAACAGAUUUUCAAAAGAUACAGCAAUAUUGGAUGACAUUCUACCUCUGUCAAUAUUUGACUUCACACAGCUUGUGCUUAUUGUGAUUGGAGCAAUAACAGUGGUUUCAUUACUUGAACCUUACAUUUUCCUGGCAACUGUGCCUGUAAUUGCUGCUUUUAUUCUCUUGAGAUCAUACUUUCUUCACACAUCUCAGCAACUAAAACAGUUAGAAUCUGAAGCCCGCAGUCCGAUUUUUGCUCACCUUAUAACAAGUUUGAAGGGUUUAUGGACAUUGAGAGCCUUCGGGAGACAACCAUAUUUUGAAACCCUUUUUCACAAAGCACUGAAUUUACAUACUGCAAACUGGUUCCUCUAUCUGUCCACUCUACGCUGGUUCCAAAUGACAAUAGAAAUGAUUUUUGUGAUAUUCUUUAUCGCUGUUUCAUUCAUCUCCAUCGCAACAUCAGGUGCUGGGGAAGAAAAAGUUGGAAUUGUUCUGACAUUGGCAAUGAAUAUCAUGAAUACAUUACAGUGGGCUGUAAAUGCUAGCAUUGAUGUGGAUAGCUUGAUGCGUUCUGUCAGCAGAAUUUUCAGGUUCAUUGACAUGCCAAGAGAAGAGUUGAUACAUGACAAUAACCACAAAGAUGACCAACUUUCAGAGGUUCUGAUAUAUGAAAAUGAUUACAUCAAGAAAAACCAAGUCUGGCCAUCUGGAGGUCAAAUGACAGUGAAAAAUCUUUCUGCAAAAUAUAAAGAUGGAGGCCACACUGUGUUGGAAAAUAUAUCCUUCUCUUUAAACCCUGGACAAAGGGUAGGCUUAUUAGGAAGAACUGGUUCAGGUAAAAGCACCCUGUUGUCUGCCUUUUUGAGAUUAUUAUCAACCCAAGGAGACAUUCAAAUCGAUGGGGUAUCCUGGCAAACAAUUCCACUUCAGAAAUGGAGAAAGGCAUUUGGAGUAGUUCCACAGAAAGUAUUUAUAUUUUCUGGAACUAUUCGAAAAAACCUUGAUCCCUAUGGAAAAUGGAGUGAUGAGGAACUUUUGAAAGUCACAGAAGAGGUUGGUUUAAAGUCAAUAAUUGAUCAGUUUCCGGGACAGUUGGAUUUUGUGCUUCUGGAUGGGGGUUGUGUCCUGAGCCAUGGCCACAAGCAACUCGUAUGUUUGGCUAGGUCGGUUCUCAGCAAAGCAAAAAUCUUAUUACUCGAUGAGCCUAGUGCACAUUUGGAUCCAAUAACAUUCCAAAUAAUUAGGAAAACACUAAAACAUGCAUUUGCAAAUUGCACAGUAAUUUUGUCAGAACACAGACUAGAGGCAAUGUUGGAAUGCCAGCACUUUCUGGUGAUUGAAGACAAUACAGUACGACAGUAUGACUCUAUUCAAAAGCUUAUGAAUGAGAAGAGUUUCUUCAAACAAGCCAUAAGCCAAUCUGAUCGCUUGAAACUAUUCCCAUUGCAUCGUAGAAAUUCAAGUAAACGAAAAUCCAGACCCAAAAUUUCUGCCUUACAAGAAGAGACAGAAGAGGAGGUUCAGGAAACAAGACUCUAAUUAUGGAAAAUGCUGCUGUAAACACAUUUCAUGUCUCAAUGUAAACAUUUCCAGUCAGGGGCGCUUCUGCCAUUAGGCGAAUUGAGAAACUCGCCUCAGGCGGCAGAAGCGCCCAGUUACCAGGGGCGGCAAAAAGCCGCUCCGGGUAACUUUAAGAGCCGAAUUUCCGUUUUUUAAACUGGAAAUUCGGCUCUUCUAGUGCAGAGAGCGCAAUUGCGCUCUCUGCACUAGCGAUCUCACCGCCACCGGACCCGCUCCUGCGCUCAGAAGGUGAGCGGGGGGGGGGGCGGCAUCCAGGAGCGAUAUGUCCAGAAUCGCCCCUGUUUCCAGUUGCCUAAUACAACAGUAUAGCUAUGUACAGUUAUUCAGUAGGUUGAGUUAUAAGCUUGAAGUGCAGUAGGUUCUGCACAGUCAAAAAGUUGAGACGUAGUAAAACUUUUCAUCUGUUACUUGCCUUUCCCAAAGGGUCUAGGAAUAUAUAUGUUUUUAUAGAGAACUGGAAGUACUGGUUUCAAUAUAGACUUGAAACUAAAGGAAAAAAAUAGUGUAGCGUUUUUCUCCUUUUUUAUAGUCCUAAAGCAUUCUUUCUCUGUUCAUUUGUUUGAUGUAAAUGAGCAAGAUCUAGCAUAUUGUUUAUUGCAGAAGAGAUGAUCAUAAAACCAUCAUAGACAACAAGAAUAACAUAAACCUGUGGCAGAAGAAUGAAUACCAGUACAGGAUUUUAGGAGGAGAGGAAGAUCAGUUAAUAAUAAUUAAAAAAAAACCAUAAUAUUUUUAUUCCCCUUUAAAUCCUGGCUCCUUGUCAUGGGGAAUAAACAUUGCUGUUACUAUUUACAUAUAUGUUUCUACUUGGGAACCCAAAUCCCUGAAUGCAUUAAUGCGGUGAUAGAAGAUAGGCUGUUAUGGUCUGUAAUUAUAGUACCGCUGCCUAUACCCCAGUAUUUAUUUUGGAAGGGUAAAGUAACUGAAUAAGGUAAACUAUCCAAUUAAUUUGCUAUUGAUUUGUGUUUCUAUAUAAUUAACUAUUAUAGUUGAAUCACAGUCAUAGCAUAUUAUUAAUUUAAAAGGUUCAGUAUAUUAACAGAUUUAUAUUAAGUUUAAUAAACACAAUUUACCAUUCUCCUUUUUAAAAGGCAUGGGCUUGGCAUGUAAGCUACUCUACAGGGAUAAAAUAGAGAUAUGAGCCACAAGAGUCCAUAUACUCUUGUGAUAGCUUAUAUAUAUAAUUGAUGGUCCUAGUUGUUUUUUACAUUUUAGUGCUAUUUCCUUUUCUCUAACUAGCCUCUGGUUGUACUUUAGUUCAGCAUCAUACAGAAAGCUGCACAUUUGUUUCUUUUUCUCAUAAUAUAUACAUAUGCAUUCAGUAUUUGGUAUUAAAGUAUUUGGACAAAAUAGCCACAUCACCCACAGCAAACAAAUUAUGGCUGUAAAAUAAUUGCACUUUUAUAAUUCAGUGAAGCUAUCAUUAUAUUCUAUUUAUUUAUCAGUUUAAAGAAGGAUUUGUAAAAAAAUGAAAUGAAGGACUGUAAACAUUUAUGCACAGAAAUUAUUAAUAUUAUGCAUAUUAAAAGACUUAAACUGCAUGGUACCAGGGCACGGGCCAGACUUCCAUUUAUUCAAGCAGGCAAAUAGCUUGGAAAGAAAGGUGUAACCCUAUUACUGGCCCCACUAAACCAUGUUUUUUUCAGGUCAGCUUAUUUUUUGGUGGAGCAAACAGUGAGUGCCAGAUACUAUUAAUUGAAUAUAAACUAUUAGAAUGAGUAGAAUGAACUCAUUAGUAAAGCAUGAGUUCCACCUACAGGGCUGCUAAUGGUAACAAACAAUAUGGACCAGGAAGAAUACUUAAAAUAAGCUUGUUGUAAAGGAGUAGUUACAAUUGUGUGGUAAAUAUAUGCUAGUUGUAAUUAUUUUGAUUAGUCUUUACUGAAACAAACAUUAGCGCUCCUAUGAGAGAUGGCUAUGUCUGAUAUACAGUUAAAGAUUAAAAAAUUGCAAGAUAUGGUCCUGCUUGUAUAGAAAUACCACAGUUCAAAGAUGAUUAUAGCUGGUUAUUUGUAAAAAAAAUGAUAAAGUCUGACUAUUCAUAUCCCCCCUAGCUAUUUUGCUGCUAUUUUUGAAAACAGUUAUACAGUAUAUAUAUAUAUACAGUAUAUACUCAUGUGGUAGGGAUAUUGGCAAAAAGAUUAGCAGACUGUCGUAGCCACCUAAUAAGUUAGAUUACUUGCUCUCUGCAAUGACCAUGCAUUUACUACUGCUAGGAAUUACCAAGUCACCUUUAUCUGGACUGAUUGGUACACAUUGCAGCAGCUUUGUAUGUGCAACUGAGCCAUGAAAAGCACAAAGUCUCUAACUAUUUUCCAGUAAUGUGAUCCAUUUUAUAAGACAGAUGUAACUUGAAAUCCAAAAAUCUAGAUUUAGGCAUGACUGCAACCAUACACUAUAUGGUGAAUGUAUGUACAGUUUGGAUUUAUACAUAAAACACAAAUCUGCCAGUUGACGUUGGUUUGAUAGAUUUGUGGAUAGUGGGUUUGUGAAUAAAAUAUUUAUUUCAUUUUGUAAGUUUAUUAAUGUAAUGCUGUAUUUAAGUGAUUCAAUAAUGCACUAUUUGGUACAAAGUAUAUUUGUAUAUGCAAGAAUUUAGCAUAAAAGUAGUCAUGAUUUUUCUAAUAUAUUUUGAAUUAUUUGAAUAGAAUUUUCCAUCUCUUUUGAUAAAUAGUUUUUCUACUUGUUAACAGUGCCAUGAGAAUAGAAGAGCAUACAUGUGAUUUUAUUCUUAGUGCUAAUGUUGAGCAAUACUGCCAGUUAACAAUCUUGUGACAUUUCAUCAAAUACAUUUAGUCAGAACACUGCCUUCCAAAUAUACUUUUUGAAAGUGUUUUGGGAAUUUAAAAUCAAUGUACUAAAUUGUUAAAUAAAAUAGUUACAAUGCUCA